AAAUUCUGUGGAGCGAAUUCAAAGUCAAACGAUUGAACAAGGAAGGGAAGAAUUAAUAAACAAGGAUAUGCAAUUGCCAAUUUCCAAUUAAAAAGCUCGAAGUGAAUGAAAGUUAGAUAUGGCAAUUUGAAAUAGUUUCACAGCGGCAUAUUCUUGUAAAUUGGUCUGAAGGUGCUCGUAUUAAAUUAUUUACCUAAGAAAUUAAGUGGUUGAAAGAUAAGGCCAUUGGUUUCGCGCGGGAAUCGGAGCAAAUUCUAUAAAAAUCUUAAAAAUGAAUGACGGGUUAGGACAUUUAGUGGUCGAUGGAAACGAGGUUCUCGAAUUUAAACUGGUUAGAGAUCAAGACGAUCUCGAAGAUGAUAAAACAAGUUUUGGACCUGAAAUGUGUCAUCAAGUAUUUGGCGAAAACGAAAACAUAUUUGGUUAUACAGACUUACAGAUCAAGCUAUAUUACAGCGCAGGAAAUCUUCAGACCUAUCUAGGAAUAUCUUACACAGACAAGAUUGAUUCCAAAAAGUUUGGGGGCCUUAAGGCUGAUGAUAUAGAAGGUGAAAUAAAAAAAGUAUUAGCACCAGGAUAUGUCACCAAUAUAGACCAAUUUGUCUCUAUGCUGAAAAAGGAUAAGAUAUUCACUCCAUAUGGAAAGCUUAUCCAGUCAUUUAAUAUUGAAUCUAAUAAUGGCGGCCCAAAGCGAACUUUUGAAGUGUAUUACUGUGAAACAUCCACUCCUGGCUUUCUGGCAUAUCACGAGCGCUUGCAAACAUUUUUGCUCUGGUAUGUUGAUGCAGCAUCAUUCAUUGAUGUAGAUGAUGAUCAGUGGACAUUCUUCAUCAUGUACGAGAAGUAUCCGUCCAACUCGCUCUCGGGCACGUGUUCGUACGCCACGUGUGCGUACGCGACAGUGUAUCGCUACUACGCCUAUCCGGCGCACCUGCGCCCGCGCAUCUCUCAGGUGCUGACGCUGCCACCCUUCAGGAAACUGGGACUGUGCGCUAAUCUUGUUAAGACUAUAUACUCGCACUUUGUGAUUAAACCGGAGGUAUUGGAUAUGACCGUUGAGGAUCCUUCCCAGGAUUUCCAAAGAAUUCGUGAUUAUGUGGAUGCCAAGGAUUGUGAGCUGCUGCCAGCAUUCCAACCGGACCAACUUGCUCAAGGGUUCUCAGUGGAAAUGGCGAAUCAGGCGCGAAGUAAAUACAAAAUCAAUAAGAAGCAAGCACGGCGCGUCUAUGAAAUAUUGAGACUCAAACACACCAACACCUCGGACAAGAUUGCCUACCAACAGUAUAGAUUAGAUGUAAAGAAUAGGCUCAAUGCACCCUUCCAGAAAAAGAAGUUGGAAAUGAAAAAGCUCCAGAAAGUUCUAAAACCGGACGAGUUCGCAGCGACCCUGACCGCAUUGGGUGUGACCGAGACGCAGCACCGACUCGCAAACCACUAUCUCGCUCUAGAAGACGAGUACAAACGCGUCAUACACCGAAUGGAACACUAUUAACGUCUAUAAAAAAUAUGUCUCAAUUAAUACCGUACUAUUUGAUUUAAUAUUCGUUGGAAUUAAAGCGAUGUUACUUUAAAAUGAUUUUUCGAUCUUAUAAAGCUGAGAUUAAUAUCAUCAUACGAAUAUCAUAUUACGAACUCACAGAGGAAAUAAUUUUACUCGAUAAUUUUCUCUUUCGAGUGAUUGAACUGAACCUUAGCUGACUUAUUUGUGUGAAUGAAUAAAUUAUCUUCGAAUUUUGUAUUUAUUACCUUAGAUGGAAUUUAAUAUUUGUUGUGGCAACUCAGAGGCGAUUAACGCGCGAAACAGUGUUUGACAGAUUUUGAUUAUUCAUCUGUCAUUGUCAUUUCUAAAAUAAAAUAAAAUGUGUGUUUUAAAUAGUUUUUAUGUUGCGAUUAAUAAAUAGGUAUUAAGAGGUUCCUUAUAAUGGUAUUGGAAUACUUUGUUUAACUGCUAAAUUUGUACCUUCAUUGCUGAUUUAAAUAGAGAUUAAUGAAUGAUUAUUGAACGAAAUGGUUGGAUGUGUUAGUAAAUUUGAUGCCAAACAUGUGUCUACGUUGAUACGAUGUAUCUUAAUAUCUUAGAUCAUUUAUAUGUCUAGGUAGACUGUGAAAACGUCGAAAUAAAUUGAGUUUAGAACUAAUCUCUAUUUAGAGCAAUUCAGGCACACUAACACAAAGUGUCAUACAAAUCCUGAGUGUAAGACGUUGCUUGUCACUCACACUAAACAAAUAUUCCUGGACUGUUUUUAUGGGUUGUCUAAGCAAGAGACUAUCAAGACGUAUUAAUUAUCUUAACUUUAUAUUGUGAUUUUAAUUUGUAAGAUUUAUUGGGAAAUAUUCUAAUAACCGGAAACUACCAAAAAGUUUGCCAUUAUCAUAGAAUAGAAAACCUUAUUGUUUUGGUAUUUAAAGGUAAAAAAGAUUAUAUGCUCUUGUCGACUAUUUCAAGACAUAAAACCAUGCUUCAAUAGUCAUUGUAAAAUUGUUUCUGUUAUUGAAUAAACAAAAAAUGAUUCUUUGUAAUAAAUAUUAUUUUGUAUUGAUC